CACACACUCACGCACACACACGCGCGCGCACACACACGUCCAGCAGCAGCACCGGGAGAGCUCGACGGUAAACGUUAUCGCUGUUCUUCAUGGGACAAGACGAGACUCCCUCUCCGCCAGAGAUCAUGGGAGGCUGUUGACGUCUAACUUGGCCACUACCAAAGUUGUCAAUACGUUAGAGUAGCCUGAACACACCACAAACAUGGCCGCCCAUCGAAUCAGAGCCACCACCACCAACAACGUCUCUCUCCCACGCUGCAAGUCCGAGGGGACGCUCAUCGAUCUCAGUGACGGGGUGUCAGAAGCCAGUCUCAAUGAUGUCAAAGUGCCUUCUCCCAGUGCCUUACGACUGGAUGCUACCGCCUCCUUCGGCGCUGCCAGGGAAGUCGUUGCCAUUAAGGACUACUGCCCAUCUAGCUUUACCACCCUGAAGUUCUCCAAAGGGGACCGCCUCUACGUUCUGGACUCGUCAGGAGGAGAUUGGUGGUACGCCCACAACAACACAGAAAUGGGUUACAUCCCUGCAGCGUACGUGGAGCCCAUCAACUUCAGAGACUCGUCCUUCAGCGACAGCGGGAUGAUUGACACUGUGGGAGACUGUAACGAAGAGGCAGCCAAAGAAAUGGACCUUCUGGGAGAGUGGUCGGGGGUGAUUCUGAAACCAACCAUCUGCCAAAACGGAAAUCCUUUCGCAACAACCCAGACCUCUACAAACCCUUUCCUCAACAGGGGUCCUCAAAGCUCACUUGAUCAGAACAGUAAUGAGAAAUCAGUGGACCUCCUUCUGUUUGAUACGCUCACUACAUCAGUGCCCAACUCCACCAGCAGCACUGCCGUCAAUAGUUUUGGCAGUGGUGUUUUCAACCCUCUUAGUCCCACAGUCGGGGUGGGGCAAAUGUUGCGCAGGGACAACCCGUUUUUUAGGAGCAAACGGUCCUACAGUCUGUCGGAGCUGUCCAUUCUGCAGGCUCAGUCUGACGCCCCUCAGGCCUCCUCUGGUUUCUUCGGGGGCCUUAAAGCACCGGCGCCGGAGCAGUUCCAGAGCAGGGAGGACUUCCGGACAGCGUGGCUCACCCACCGCAAGCUGGCCAGGUCCUGCCAUGACUUGGACUCGCUGGGUCAGAACCCAGGCUGGGGUCAGACGCAGCCAGUGGAGACCAACAUCGUCUGUCGGCUGGACAGCUCAGGCGGGGCUGUCCAGCUUCCGGACACCAACAUCAGUAUUCACAUCCCCGAAGGCCACGUGGUCCCGGGGGACACCCAGCAGAUCUCGAUCAAAGCUCUGCUCGACCCCCCGCUGGAGCUGAACAACGACCGCUGCACCACCGUCAGCCCUGUGGUGGAGAUCAAACUCAGCAACAUGGAGACCAAAACCACCAUAACCCUGGACAUGAAAGUGUCUGUCGUGGUGAAAAUGGAGAGCAGGGAGACGACAGAAGUCUUGUGUGUCAGGAGUGAUUGUAAAGAGGGACCUUACACCCCCAUUCCUCAGGCGUAUAUGUAUGGGGACACAGUCCAGGUGUGCCUGGAUAACCUGGAGCCCUGCAUGUAUGUGUGUGUUGUGGCUCAGUCCCAGUCCCUCUCUCCAGACUCCACAGUUUGGGAGCACGUGGUGAAAAAGAUCACCUUAGGAGUAUACGGUCCGAAACAUAUUCACCCGUCCUUCAAGACGGUCGUGGCUAUGUUCGGCCACGACUGUGCCCCAAAGACAUUAUUGGUGAGUGAGGUUGGCAAACAGGCACAGUCUGCUCCAUCAGUACUGCUGCAGCUCUGGGGUAAACACCAGUUUGUCCUGUCCAAACCCCAGGACCUCCGCGUUGGAGUUUACUCCAACAUGGCCAACUAUGAGGUAAAGGUUAGUGACCAGGCCAAAGUGGUUCGGGGCUUCCAGGUUAAACUAGGCAAAGUCAGUAGGAUUGUCUACAUCAUUGCAUCACGCAACACGGAUGAUGUUUCUGAUUUCACCUUAAGGAUCCAGGUCAAAGACGACCACGAUUGUAUACUGGCUCAGUUCUGUGUCCAGACGCCAACACCGCCACCCAAAGCAGGCCCAAAGACAUCGGUGACAAGGCGCUUCCUGAAGAAGAAGGAAGUGGGCAAGAUAGUCUUGUCUCCUCUCGCCAUCGCCACCAAGUACCCUGUUUUUCAGGACCGGAGAAUAACUAACCUGAAGUUUGGAAAAUUAAUCAAAACUGUCAUUCGACAGACGAAAAAUCCGUACUUGCUCGAGUACAAAAAGGGAGACUUUGUAGCUCUGUUGAGUGAGGAGAGGAUCAGGCUGAAGGGUCAGCUGUGGACAAAAGAGUGGUACAUUGGUUAUUAUCAGGGCCGAAUGGGAUUUGUUCAUGCAAAGAAUGUGCUGGUGGUUGGCAAAGUUAAGCCAAUUUACUUCAGCGGGCCCGACCUUACCACUUCAUUGUUACUGGAGCAGAUACUGAAGCCCUGCAAAUUCCUCACGUACAUCUACGCCUCCGUAAGAACUAUACUGAUGGAGAACAUCGGCAAUUGGCGAGCGUUCGCGGACGCCCUCGGAUACGGCAACCUGCCUCUGACCCAUUUCUGCCGCGCGGAGCUGGACAGCGAACCUGAGCGGGUCGCAUCGGUGCUGGAGAAGCUGAAGGAGGACUGCAACAAUGCAGAGAGCAAAGAGAGAAAGUCCUUCCAGAAAGAACUCCUGACGGCCCUGUUGAAGAUGGACUGUCAGGGUCUCGUUGCCAGACUGGUCAUGGAUUUCGUCCUCCUGACCACGGCCGUGGAGGUGGCCGGACGCUGGAGGGAGCUCGCCGAGAGGCUCGUCAAGGUUUCGCGCCAGCAGAUGGACGCUUACGAGGCGCCACACCGAGACAAGAACGGCGUGGUGGACAGCGAGGCCAUGUGGAAGCCGGCGUAUGACUUCCUGGUCACGUGGGCCGCUCAGAUCGGCGACAGCUACAGAGACGUGAUCCAGGAGCUGCACAUGGGCCUAGACAAGAUGAAGAACCCCAUCACCAAGCGCUGGAAGCACCUGACGGGCACGCUCAUCCUCGUCAACUGCCUGGACGCCCUGCGGAGCUCCGCCUUCAGCCCCGCCGCUCAGGAUGACUACGCCAUCUGAAGUGUCCUCCCCCCACCCCCCCUUACACCAGCUCACCUCGCUCUUCCAGAGCACUCGAAGAGUUGACACAGUUUGAAAUGUUGCAUAUCAGCUGUCUCGCUCCCUUUUGAAUGCCACUACUGCGGUCCGUUGUUUGGUUCCCGCGGCGCUGCCUUCAGCUCCUCGUGCCCAAGGGAACGUCGUCGGGCCGCCCCCGCGUCUCUGCUGCCGUACGGAGCUCGCAGUAUUCACAAAGACUCUUUUAAUAGGUCCUGUCUUGCAUAGUUAUGUAUUUUUGUACUCUUGUUAUAGCACAGCAUUUUUUUUUAAAGACAACACUAUGAACCCUUUGGUUAAGAACUGUGGAUUGAACUCCAAGAAAGUCACCUUUUUUUCAAGAAAAGACACUUUUAGAUAUUGUAUCCUUGUCACGUGUCAAAUCUUUUGUUCUAUUUAUUUUGUCACUUUUUCUUCUCUACUUCAGGUUCUCUCUCUCACCGGGGUCCUGCUCAUUUCAGGGAUCCAAAUAUCUGUCGGUAUUUGACCUGGUGCCAAAAGAAAAACUGAAUAAUUUAUGAAUCUCUCGCACCAAGUUUGAAUCAAGUUCUCCACUAAUGCCAACACAUCAUGUCAACUAAUUGAACAGUUUAACAGUCUAAACUGAUCUGUCUCUCUGGUCCCAACUUUUUAGAUGUGAGAAUUUGCUGUUAAUUUAAUAAUUAACUGUCAAAAAACAACAAAACAAGUCAUUAAGAAAUCACGACGAGCAUUCUUGACUGUUUUCUGACUAAACUGUUAUCGCAGUUCAUCCUCAACGCCGUAAACAAACUCAACUCAAGGUCAACUUACUCACUUCUUCCGGUGCUUUUGACCUCAUCUCAUGGUCUUCAUCUCAGUUUGCCAACGAGACUAACCGCUCCAGAACAAGUGAGGAAAUUGAGAUUAAAGAAUAAACUAUUGAUUUAAAAAACUAAUCAGCCUAACCUGCCAUGUAACAAUCAAACUGUAGCCAAACUGUAGUAACUCUUUGUCUCCUGCCUGUAUUUCUUUUGUCCACUGAAAGUAAUUGUUACCAAAGCUCGCCAAAAAUGAAUACAGCUUCUCACAGAUGACCUUGUACAAUAUUCAGACCACUGUUGUGAUGACACUGUCUGUCAAAGCGUCUGGUUUUUCGUCUCAGUGCCGCAGACUGUAUAAUGUGGUGAGUUUGAAAACCUUUUUGUGACUGCAUACUUUUGUGGAAAAGACUAAAUAAAAAAUGUAAAUAUUUGGA